CACGCGCCCAGACCCAGGAGGCGUCAGAGAGAGAAGUCUCCUCUUCUGCAGAAAGAGUGAGAGACGUGGACACGACCUGCAGCGGAGGAGAGGAUGAAGCGAACAACUUUCCUGCUGGUGUUUGGAGCUGUCCUGGGCUUCUGCCAGGCUCAGUCGGAGACCGGAGCUGAGGAAACGGGUGGGGAGGAGGAACAUGUGGAGCUCUUCACCACGCCUGCAACCAAGAUGGGCGCCGCCACCUCAGACUUCGGCUACAACCUGUUCCGCGCUCUCGCCAGCAGCCAAACGGCCUCCAACGUCUUCUUGUCCCCGAUCAGUGUUUCUGCAGCGCUGACACAGCUGUCCAUGGGAGGGUCUGAGCGUGCUCAAAGGCAGCUGUUCAGGGCCCUGAGGUACCACACCCUGCAGGACCCUCAGCUCCACGGCACCCUGAAGGACCUGCUCACCUCAGUCAAGUCGCCUGGGAAAGGCCUGAGCACCGCUGCACGCAUCUAUCUGGCACGACGGAUUCGUACGAAGCCAGAAUUCUUCAACGCGGUGGAGCAGCAGUACGGGGUCCGUCCAAAGGCACUGCAGGGAUCAACCAGGGACAUCAAAGAGAUCAACGACUGGGUGUCCCAGGAGACCGGCGGGAAGGUCCAACGCCUCCUGACUAAGGGUUUACCCAGGAACCCUGGAGUGAACGCUGUUAGUGCGGGCUACUUCAAAGGGAAGUGGGUGACCCGGUUCGGUCAGACUGGAUUGAUGGAGAACUUCCAAAUCGAUGGCGGAGCACCUGUUCGUGUUCCCAUGAUGCAACAGGAAAACUACCCUGUGAAGAUGGGAGCUGACUCUGAUCUGAGCUGCACGAUCGCUCAGAUCCUGAUGCAGGACGACGUCAGCAUGUUCAUCUUCCUGCCUGAUGACGUGACGUCCAACAUGACGCUGCUGGAGGAGAGUCUGACGGCCGAGUUUGUUCAGGAUCUCUCCAUGACGCUUCUUCCUGCUACGGUGCUGCUGACUCUGCCCGUCCUGAGGCUCAGCUACUCCACAGACCUGCUGCCUCUGCUGGGGGAUGUGGGACUCUCUGAAUGGUUGGCCGACACAGACAUGGAGCAGAUCUCGACUCUGCCCGUCAAGCUCACCAGCGUCAAUCACAAGGUCGUAAUGGAGACGGCGCCUGAAGGGACUCAGUACCCUAGUGCGACUGUGGCGGCGAGCCACCUGACGUACCGCGUGGAUCGACCCUUCCUCUACUUGAUCCGUGACGAGACUACGGGGGCGCUGCUCUUCGCCGGCAGGGUGGUCAACCCUAAGAUCCUGUCGAUAUAACUCAAAGAAAAAGCCGCUCACAGAAUAACAUAGCCACACUCUUAGCAGGUCCUAGGACGGAUUCAGGUGUUUGCUUUGCGUUUAUGGUGGCAGAAAUUUGGGGAUAUUUAAUUUUACAUGAUUUUCUUUACUUUUCAUGUUGAAACAUGUUAGCAUGAUCAUGUUAAUCUGACUCCAGCACACUGACGAUACUCUGAGUUCACCAAGGAUUUUGUAAACAAUCAAAUAUUGUCAUUUUUCUCAUUAGAAAUAAACUCGACAAUGAAAUCAGA